AUAAAUGGCGCGCUACUUGAGUGGUUCGUUACACCAGUAAUCGAGGCCAAACGCAAUUGCAAUUGUAAAAGAGAUACCAUGCAGACUGUAUUUAUGGUUGCUGAAAAACCAUCACUAGCUGAAUCAAUAGCGAAAUCGUUAUCUAAUAAGCGUAAUUCGAGUCGACGUGGAUUCAAUGGAGCAUGUUCUAUUCAUGAAUGGACUGGUCAGUUUAUGAGUGAACAAGUUCGCUUUAAAAUGACGUCAGUGUGUGGUCAUGUAAUGAAUGUCGAUUUCUUAAGUCGUUAUAAUAGUUGGGAUAAAGUAGAUCCUGUAAGUUAAUUUUCCAAGUCUAUCAAAUUUAGGCUGAGCUGUUUGUUGCACCAAUUGAGAAAAAAGAAGCUAACCCUAAAUUGAAAAUGGUGGAUUUUCUUCGUCACGAGGCGAAAAAUGCUGGUAUAUUAAUUCUUUGGCUUGAUUGUGACAAAGAGGGCGAAAAUAUCUGUUUUGAAGUUAUCAAUUGUGUUCAUUCAGUUAUGAUACAUCCCAAAAGAAUUCUACGUGCACAUUUCAGUGCUGUCACUGACCAAGAACUACAUGGUGCUAUGAAAAAUCUUAGAGAACCUAACAAACACGAAGCAUUGUCAGUAGAUGCUAGGCAAGAACUUGAUCUUCGAAUCGGUUGUGCGUUCACUAGGUUCCAAACGAAAUUUUUUCAAGGGAAGUAUGGUGAUCUAAACAGCAAUCUUGUAUCAUUUGGACCUUGUCAAACACCUACACUUGGAUUUUGUGUAAAACGACACGACCAAAUCCAGUCAUUUAAACCAGAAACAUUUUGGCGGAUAAAGGUCUCGGGUGUAGAUGAUACCGGGGGUGUACUAGAAAUGUCAUGGAAUCGUGAUCGUAUCUUUGAUAAAGAAGCUGCUUCAGUAUUUUUAAAUCGAGUCAAAUCUUCCAAAACAGCAGAAGUCGUUCAAGUAUCAGUUAAACAGAAAAUUAAACCACGUCCACAAGGUUUGAAUACAGUAGAAAUGUUACGAGUUGCCAGUGCUGGUUUAGGUAUUGGACCACAUAGUGCAAUGGCUAUAGCGGAACGAUUGUAUACAUCUGGUUACAUAAACUAUCCACGUACUGAAACAACAGCUUAUCCAAGCACAUUUGAUUUACGUGGAUUACUACAACAGCAGGUGAAUAAUCCACUUUGGGGAGAUCUAGCUCGUGAAAUUCUACACAGUGGGUUGACUCCACCUCGUGCUGGUCAUGAUGCAGGUGAUCAUCCUCCUAUUGCUCCCAUGCGUUUUGCGUCUUCCCAAGAACUCGGACAUGAAGCCUACCGAUUGUAUGAAUAUAUUACACAACAUUUUAUCGCUACCAUUAUGCCCGAUUGCUGUUAUGAGCAAACACAAGUGACUGUAUCCGUUGGUGAUGGUGAAUUGUUUACAAUAAGUGGAUUAAAAGUAGUUGAACCUGGUUUUACACGAAUAUUAACUUGGCAAGCAGUAGAAGAUAAAUCAUUGCCUAAAUCACUUCUUAAUCAAGGCUAUCAAUUCAAUUUACUUGAAGAACCAAGUUUGAUUGAAGGACAAACUGGUCCGCCAGACUAUUUAACUGAAUCUGAAUUAAUUACCGCUAUGGAACGUCAUGGUAUUGGAACUGAUGCAUCAAUUCCAACACACAUAGAAAAUAUCGUUCAAAGAGGUUAUGUUCAACUUCUUUCGGGGCGUAAACUACAACCUACACCCUUAGGGAUUGUACUUGUUCAUGGUUAUCAAACAAUCGAUGCCGAACUUGUCUUACCACAUAUGCGUAGAGCUGUAGAAGAACAAUUAAAUCAUAUUGCUCGUGGUCAUGCUAAAUAUGAUUUAGUAUUACAAUUUGUUUUAGCUAUUUUUGCCGCCAAAUAUCGUUAUUUUGUUGAACAUAUUAAUGGUAUGGAUCAACUGUUUGAAGUUUCAUUCACUACUCUAGCUAGUUCAGGUAAACCUUUAUCCAGAUGUGGUAAAUGUCACCGAUACUUAAAGUUUAUAGAUUCUCGACCACAACGUCUUCAUUGUUCAAUCUGUAAUGAAACAUAUACAUUACCACAGAAUGGUACAAUCCGACCGUAUAAAACCGAAAAGUGUCCUUUAGAUAAAUUUGAACUAUUAUGCUAUACUCAAGGUGGUAAAGGAAGAAAUAUGGUUUUUUGUCCGUAUUGUUUUUCCCAUCCACCAUUUGAAUCAAUGCCAAAAUUAUCCGGUUGUAAUAGAUGCCCUCAUCCAACAUGUCCACAAUCAAUGGAAUCACUAGAAGUUGAUGCAUGUCCUGAUUGUCCAUAUGGUAUACUAGUUUUAGAUGAUUCUAAUGCACCAAAAUAUCGUUUAAAUUGUAAUAGAUGUCCAACAUUUCUAUCUAUUUCUGACUCUGUAAAAAGUAUGUCUGUCAAAAAUGUUAGUUGUUCAGUAUGUACAGCUAUGCAUCUUAACUUGAGAUUUGAUCCGGGUAAAGUUCCUAAUUCAAGCGAAAAUAAUUCUGAAAAGAUUAACACUACAUUCUCUGGAUGUGCAUUCUGUACAGAAUCAUUAUGUUCAUUAUUCACCAUUGUAAGAAAAAAGGAAACACCGAAUAACCCUACUGUCAAUUUACGUGGUUCACGCCAUCAUUCUGGAACCCGUCAACGAGGUGGUCGACGAGGGCGGAGUUUUCGAUAAAAUUUAUAGACUGUGAACUAUAUUGACAUCUGCUAACUAAUACUUAUGAACGUAAUUCGUGUACAUUGAUAAUUGUGAUCAUAUUACACUGUACAUAGUUACCGUCUUUGCUAAUAUUAUUAUUAUUAUUAAUGGCUUUAUUCAAUAUUAUAAUCUGAUACAAUAUAGAAUUCUCAGCACGAGUUAUUUCAACAAGUUUUUUACCAAAAAAAAAACAGAACAGAAAUAAAAAAGGUUUAGGAAAAUCUGAUUUUAUACAAAUUAUCGAAUUUGAGACAUGCUUAAGAAUACAGGUUAUUUACUAGGUCAACUCUAACAGCCUGUUCGUCACAAAGUAAAUUUGCAAGGUAAGGUAUUACAGAACUUUUAUAGAUUUGCUUGCGUGCAUGGAUUUUAAUGUAUUUACGUCUCGUUCUACCAGAAGAUAUACAAGGAGAAAGAUAUGAAUGAAGCGGAUGGUUAGUAUCUGAUAAGAUAAUACCUGCCAAGAGUUUGCAAGACUUAAGAUGUCUAUCCACAAGCAUAUUAACAAUGACUUCAAAAGAUUCACCACAUACCUUGCAAACUGCCUUCAGAACUCUACGCAAAAUAGCAAAGUCU